GAUUUUCCAAUCAAAAUGAACAAGUUCAGACGUAAGCGACAUGAUAAUAAAUUAAAUACGUGGAAAAUGAGCGGCAAAAAGAAAAAGGAGCGAGAUGAGGACUCCGAGGACGAGGAUAUGGAGGCCAUGGUGGCGGCGAUGAGGGAGCUGUUGAAGAUUCCCGAUUUGGAAGAUCAAGAUGAGAAAAAGAGGAUUGUUAACAUGGAUUUGGAAAAAUUCCGAAAUAUUUCCAAGGAUUCCCAAGUGCACAAAUCGGAUCAAGGAGCCCAAACAGACGAAAAUUCAAACAAAUCGAAGUCUGCGAUUCCCGACAAAAGUCCAUCGGACGAGAGCUGGGCCAAUUCUCUGUUGAAGAGAUGGGGAUGGUCGACUUCCGCUGAAGGUCCAACGAUAGAAGUGAGGAAGGAAAUCAAACCUGAGUCAAGGUUAGCGAUAGACGGAAAAGAUGAAAGUCGGCCGAUAGCCAGGAACAAAGGCCCGCCACCUAAAACCAAACGAAAGUCUGCAUCAAAGAGUCCUUCCAGAAUCAAAAAAUAUAAGUCCUCUACGGAUAUGUCCCGGGAGUUUCUGAUUCGCUCGGAUCGUUAUGAUUUGCAUUCAAAGCCCCCAGAACUGGUAGCCGAUCAAGCAAAACCGUCAUCCAAAGCAAACCAAAGCCAAACUGUAUCCUCACACGAUCUGGACUCUGAUGCGGCUAAUGAUUCGGAGGAUAUUCGAAGGAAAUUGAGUAGAAUUGAAGAGGCAUCUAAGCCAAAAUCUUGGGUAAAGCCCAAGCCGAUUUUCAUUAAAUCCAAAGAGGGUACUUCAACAGCCACGAAUGCAAAUGAAAACAAUGACUUAUCCAAGCCGCAGACCAAAGCGGAACCUACAAAUAGAAUAAUUAAUAUUUUAAAGGGUCCAUUUCGCGGCAGUCUCUCGUAUGCCCCCGGAGAGGGAGAUCAUGAAAAGAAUGAGAGCAGAAAUCGAGAGUCACAAACUGAAUCACAUAAGAAAUCUCCCAAGGAUAACUUAUCUGCAGAAAAGGAGUCAAAUGCCACUUCCCCAAAAAGAAAAGAUGAUCCUUCCUCUUUGAGUCUCGUGAUCAAAGGACACUCCCAUAUAACCUCGGAACUGACGGACCACUGUCACCUCAAACAUUAUCCAGAAAAGGGAAUAGACAGAGCCGCCAAAAAAAAGCUGAUCAUCGCCAGCUGUGUUUGUUUGUUUUUUAUGAUAAUCAUGAUUAUCGGGGGCCUUUGGUCCAAGAGUCUGGCCAUUGCCACGGACGCAUCCCACUUACUGACCGACCUGGCCGGAUUCAUGAUCUCCCUGUUCGCCAUAUAUCUGGCUGGGAGACCCGCCUCCAAAAGACUCAAUUUUGGCUGGUACCGAGCCGAAAUUAUCGGAGCCAUGUUCUCCGUUUAUUUCAUCUGGAUAGUUACAGGCAUCCUGGUCUGGCUGGCUGUCCAACGACUGCUUAACGAUGACCACGAUCUGGAUUCUGAAAUAAUGCUGAUCACCUCGGCCCUGGCCAUUUUGUUCAACCUGAUCAUGAUGUGCACGCUGCUAUGUGGUGGUGGCCAUGGACACUCCCAUGGACACACCCACUACCAACCGGGGGAUGUGAAUCGCAGCGGCCGGAUGAAGUUGGUGGGAUCGGAACUGGGUGUGGAUAAGGACCUUUUUUCAAAUUUUGACUUGAAAAGAGAAUCCGUGUCCAACCAGAUCAAAAAGAUGAAAAACAACAGGAAUGGUCCGACUAGGCAGAACAUUAAUGUACGGGCGGCGGUCAUCCAUGUUGUAGGGGACAUUGUCCACAGUGUCGGUGUCUUUGUGGCAGCCUUAAUAAUAUUUAUCAAUCCGAAAUGGGCCUUCAUGGACUCCGUUUGCACAUUUAUUUUCUCGAUCCUGGUGCUGAUCACCACCAUUCGAAUCCUGCGAGAUGUUUUCAUGGUUCUGAUGGAGGCCACACCGGAUUAUUUGGACUACGAGGGGGUAAGGCUGGCAUUUCUCGCCAUCGAGGGCGUUCUGCACGUCCACAAUCUGAGGAUCUGGGCCCUCUCCAUGAGCAAAAUAGCUCUUUCGGCCCACCUGGCCAUAGCCAAGGAUGCAGAUCCCCAGAAGAUACUGGAGCAGGCCACCAAUCUGGUCCAUAAGCAGUACAACUUCUUUGAGACCACCAUUCAGAUCGAAGAGUACUCGCCCGAUAUGGAGGACUGUGAGCAUUGUGACUCUCCUCCAGCCACUCCCAAAAAGAAGGCUCCAUCCCAGGUGGAAAACGGUGACAACACCGAGUCGAGGCGAUCCUCUUGAGAGAUGGUAGCCAUUUUUCCUUAUCUGGACAUGAGCUGGUGUAUUGUUACCAAAUGGACUCGCCACAUGGGCUUUUGCAUCACCUACACUUCGCUUCUGAUGAAAACUUGGCG